CCGCCGUGGCGAGCAUGUUCGUACAUCCACCCGGGAUCAUCCACGGAAAAGGAAGAAAAUCACAGGCUGUCAGAAAAGUUUUCCUGCGGGGAGAGGACUGGGCUCGAUCAGGCAGAGGACCGCCGGAGGAUCGCGCUCUCAGGAUUAUUAAUUGUCACAAUAAACUGUAUUCAUCAUGGACGCGCUAAAAUCCGCCGGGCGCGCGAUCAUUCGCAGUCCCAGUCUGGCCAAACAGUCGUGGACCUCUGGAAAACAUAAAAAGCUGCCAGAGAACUGGACAGACACACGGGAGACACUGCUGGAGGGGAUGGUCUUUCAGCUGAAGUAUCUGGGCAUGACGCUGGUGGAGGAACCCAAAGGAGAAGAGCUCUCAGCUGCUGCUGUCAAGAGAAUCGUUGCCACAGCUAAAGCUGGUGGGAAGAAGCUUCAGAAGGUGACGCUGAAGGUUUCUCCUCGAGGGAUUAUUCUCUACGACAGUGUAUCAAACCAGCUAAUAGAGAAUGUGUCUAUAUACAGGAUAUCAUACUGCACGGCUGAUAAGAUGCAUGAUAAAGUGUUUGCCUACAUCGCUCAGAGUCAGCGCAACGAAACGCUGGAGUGUCACGCGUACCUCUGCACCAAGAGGAAAGUGGCUCAGGCGGUGACGUUAACGGUGGCUCAGGCUUUCCGUGUGGCAUUUGAGUUUUGGCAGGCUGCUAAAGAAGAGAAAGAGAAGCAGGUGAAGUGUGGAUCAGAUGGAGAGGUGGCCAGCAGCUCUCAGUCUGAGAGUUCAGCCAGUCUGGGCAGCACUAAAGGAGGAGAGGUUGCCACUGGAGAUCUACUGGACCUUGAAUGUGGAGUAAAAGAUCACUCAGGAAAAGACACCACACAUCUGGCACAGAACCUCGGCACAGAGAACAACAACACUGUCUGGGAACUUGAGGAUGGUCUAGAUGAGGCUUUCUCGAGACUCGCUGAGUCUCGCACUAACCCCCAGAUGCUGGACAUUGGGGUAAACCCUCAGGACUACAACCCUGAAGAGUGCUUGUCGCCUAGCAACUGGGACAAAGCCGAAGCUGAGGCUGCCGACGCCGAGGACGCGUUCGGAUUCUGAUCGGCGGAUCGCGGAGGAACGAGCUGCGCGUGUCACCGGCGCCCUCUGGCGGCCGUAGCUGAUCCCGCGGCCGGCUUUGAGUUGACAUGCGGCUCGGCAAACCCAAUGAGAUGACUUCAACAAAAGCACAGACCAAAGCAAUACUUUUAUUAUUAUUUUUUUUUACUUUAUUUUAUUUUUUUCCGAAUUACGUUUAAAUAUAUUGACAUUUAAAGUUUUCUGUUACUUCCCAUAAGUUGUUUUCUUUUCUUUUUUGUAUGUGUAUGAAUAUAAAAUGUAUGUGUAUGACAAUAACUGUAUAAUAUUUGCUCAAUUAUUAUUAUUAUUAUUAUUAUUUUUAAUGGGUUUGAUUGCUGAGGUGAGCUUUGCGAUUCUAUGCAGUCAAAUGUCUGAAUAUAUAGGCCUAUUGCGAGAUCUCGGGGGAAUGCAUACUAAAAUACAUGAUGUUUGAGGUUUGUGUGGAGUUGGAUUGUGUUUUUUAAGUGCUGAAGUGGUGAAGGUGUUGUAUAUGUGAGUUGUCUGCCCUCCGAUGUAUGAAAACGAAUGGAUAAGUACACAUAAAGCAUACAAUAAUGGACAAAAACAGAGAAGGCAGGGUAUUUAAAUGAGACAAUCUUAUUUUUUUCUAUUAAAAUGUAUUUUUGCAAUUCUCUCUGUGUCUCUUUCUAAAGCUUAUGGUUUCAUUUCAGGAUCUUUCUGCUUUUGCCACGCUUAUUGUUCAUUCUUCAUCAGGUUACUAUAGGCCUACCCAUCCAAUAAAGCACUAUGGAUGUCACAGUAUCAGGUGGUAUUAGGGACUUCAUGGUAUCAUGGUACUACUAUAUUGUAAGUGUUUAAAAAGCAAAAACAUUGUAUUGCCAUGGAUGUCCGUGGUAUGUUUUUAUGGAAAUGCCAAUCUAUUUUGUAAUAUUACAUGUAGCUAUUCCUUUGCCCCAAAAUACACCUGGAUUAAUUUCAGGUUGAAGUUAAGCGUAGUAGCAUAUAUGAACUGAUAUUUACCACUGUGGAUUUGAUUGAAAAUAAUGCAGGCAGUUAUUUUGUGGUUUACAUUGACGCUCUGUAUUUAGGUUUUAUUACACUUCAUAAGUAGAAUUUAUUACACCUCAGUGUUAGUUUCUGUU